CUUACACAGACAAGACAGCUAAAUUGACACUCCCAAGCUUCUACUCACAAACGAAAGCACAAUGACAAAAGACACCCUCUCCAACCCACCCGGGCCACAACCCAGCGCCACCACCAAACCCUCAAAAACAACCACCACCAACACCACCACCACUCUCCCAAGCCACCAAACCCGCCUCGCCAGCCGCGCCAACCAAAUAACCAACACCUCCGGCCUGGCCCCAGGCCACCUGCAAGCCAACCUCCUAAUCCUCCCCGCCCGCUACAGCCAAGACUUCCACCAACUCUGCCUCCGCAACCCGGUCGCCUGCCCCCUCCUCGGCAUUUCCCACCAACCAGGCAACCCCCACCACAUCCAGCCCGAAGGCUGCAUCACCGUGACCGGCCCAGAGGACUUCGACAUCCGCACCGACUGCCCCCUCUACCGCAUCUACAAGCACGGCAAACCCAUCGCCACGCACCAGAAGACCCUUCUCCCCUUCUGGGCGGACCCAUCCCCUCAGCCCGCACAGCAUGAAGCAUACGUAUCCUUCCUGAUCGGCUGCUCCUACUCCUUCGAAUCCGCCCUCACCGCCGCCGCCCUGCCCCCGCGCCACCAGACCACCCAAACCCUCGUCCCCAUGUACCGCACCACCAUCCCGCUCCUCCCCGCGGGCAUUUUUACGGGUGGACGCACCGUCGUCUCCAUGCGUCCGUACCCGGCCCACGAAGUGGAGCGGGUCCGCGCCCUGACGCGGCCGUUCCUGGCCACCCACGGCGAGCCGGUCGAUUGGGGGUGGGAGGCGCUCUCCCGGUUGGGGAUUGGGGAUCUGCAGGCGCCCGACUUUGGGGAGCCGGUGCCCCUGGAAGAGGGGGAGGUGCCGGUUUUCUGGGCUUGCGGGGUUACGCCGCAGUUGGCGGUGGAGGCUGCCGGGGAGAAAAUCGAGGGGUUGGUGUUUGCGCAUGAGCCGGGCCAUAUGUUGGUGACGGAUUGGAGGGAGGAGGAUUUGGCGAGGUUGGGGCGGGGGUUG